UAGAAACAUCCUGGAGUAAAGCUGACUGAGUCAUCAAAAGUAGUAUACAAUUAGCAAUUUUAUUUUCCAAAAGAGGGUAAUUCUGGUAAAAAUAAAAGAAUUAAGUUAAUAGUUGUCAUUCCUAAAACAAAAGAAAUGGUUUGUUAAGAAUCUUAAUAAAGGAAAAAAACAAUUUUGGCAGUUAUUUUAAGGAAGGGUUUAGUGACAUGGGUUUUCCACUUUUAUAACAAACGUAUGACGUGGCAGACCAGCUGUUGUCGUUAUGGCUUUUGAGGUCACCUUUUUAUUUGUCCUAACUGGAUUCUAAGUGUACCCACACACACAUUAGUUCAUUUUGGUUUAAACAUGUCACUUUUCUAUUUUAUUUUUAUUGUUUGUUUUCAACUUUUCUCUCUUCAUUUUUCUUUCUUAAUUCUCUAAAAUUGAGAUUAUCACCAGAAACUCAGCUCUAUUUGAAGGAUCAAGCUCAUAAAAGUGGGUGGCUUUGGGAGGUUCAACUUCUCAACAGAGUAAAAAGAGUCUUUGUCAAUGAAAUAGUUUACCACCAUGGAGAAACCAGCAGUGACCAGUGUCACAGCUGGUUGUAAACCCAUAACCACAUUUGUACAAACAGACACAAAAUCUUUUAGAGAGGUCGUCCAGAGGCUGACAGGCCCAUCAGAGCCGAAUAAUGUAGCCCAACAAGAAGUAGCAGCAACAACAACAAACAACAAGGCAACAGGUCCAAAGAGGCAGUUCCCCACAACACCAACGGCCCCACCACCUACAUCUAAACUCCACGAGAGAAGGCACUACAUGAGGCCCAAGCUUGAGAUUGUUAAGCCCACUUUCCAUGUUAGAUCAGUCUUUGCUUCUUCCCCUGAUAAGAACCAGAGCAUUUCACCCUCUAAACCAGGAAGUGGGCUGGGCUUUCACUCAAGCCCAUUGGGUACUCCCUCAACUAUUUUCAAAAACUUGUCAAUAGGAGGAGAAGAGAAAAAAGAGGAGGAAUCAGUUACGUUGAACAGCCAAGAGGAAGAGAAAGCCAUAAAAGAAAGAAGAUUUUACUUGCACCCUUCUCCCAGGAGUCAACCAGGUUAUUCUGAACCAGAAUUGCUCACUUUGUUUCCUUUGAGUUCUCCAACUACAAGUAGCAAAAACACAUAAUUUUUAUUGUGGAAAGAAAGCCAAUACAGAAUUCCAAAACUAUACAAAAAAGAGCAUUUUAUCAUAGUAUUAUUGUAAUUGGCCUUCUUCUGAUUGAUUAAUGUGCUCGGCGGCUUUGUCCACUGAUUGGAGCCCAAAGAAUUGUCUUUGAAGAGGGAUUAAUUCAAAAGCAAACUCUCCCAAAACUAUGUUAUUUCUUCAACCAUCACUCAAUUAUAAUUUGUAUUUGAUACAAAGAUGUUGAUAUCACUAUCCUUUCUUUACAGAAAUAAAUUAAGAAUGCAGUCAUCAUCUGCUAAUUAUACUCUCA